AAGAAAUGUGAGGUUGAAAGACACGCUUACUGGGAAAUCUGAACGCUGGAAAUUGUGUUCAGUUUUCUCCUAAUAUUUUCUGGCAUUAUUUAGGAACAAUCCUGGGGGGCGGGGAGAAAACUCUCAAGCCAUUGAGGCAAUUCCAGCAGACCUCAUAAAUUUAACAAAUUCCAUUUUAAAACUAAUUUCUCGCCUUCUCGCCCCACCUUAUGUUGGAAGGCUUCUCCACAAUAUAAUUCCUCAGAUGGUUAGAAAACUUUUGAUUUCCAAUUUAAACUUUUUGUGGUCAGUUUGUGUCUCUCUGUUCUUGUGCCAGCAUCAUCUAGUAUUUUAAACAGCCUGGAUGUAUUUAAAGUCAUAUCCCCUUUUGGAAUUUGUUUUUCUCUGUUAGUCAAGCCAACUGUUUAAUCUUCUCUCUGAAGAUAGCUCUCUCUUUCUGUUCAUUCUAGUAAUUUUUCUCUAUAUCCAUUCCAGUUUUAAUUCAUCUUUCUUGAAUUCAGUUAACCAGAACUGUAUACUUUAUUCCAGGUGGACGUUAUCCCAUGCCUUGUUUGAUAACAAUAAUACUUCCCUCUCUCCCUGGAAAUAAUUCUACUUAUCGGUUCUUGAGCUGCCUUUGUCUUCAGCGCUGUUUUGUUAUACCUUUUUUUUUUUAAUCCUGUCUUCAAGGCCAGCUGCUUCUUAGGUGAUACUCUGACCCUUUCUCUUCUAGUGGUAUCUUUCAUCAGAUGUCAUUAGCUGUGUUCUGUAGGUGUUUCUCCAAUUAAUGCCAACAUCAGUAGUGAAAACUUUUAAACAAAAUGAGUCUUUAAGCAUCACCAGUAACAAGCUCCCUCUGGACAAGCAUUUUUCAUCUCAGUACAGCCUCUGUCCUUUGCUUGCCCACCUUACAUGUCUUGCAUUGUACUGCUUUCCUCAGACUGACUAAAAAUUUGCAGUGGGGUGUUAGGCCAAAUUCAUUGCAGAAGUACAUAUAGAAAGAUCAGUGGUGUUUCUCUUCCCUAAAAAGACACGUCUGUCAAAAAAAGUUAUUAGGCAUGUCCAAUGUCUUAUGUACAUCCAUUUUGUGUUUUAUUUCAUUUCCCUUUUACGUACUUGUCUUUAUUUUACCUUCACAGUUUGUUCUGUUGCCUGUUUCGCUACCGAGACUAGCCUGGAUCUGUAGAUGUCAGAUCAUAUUUCUUCAUAUUUUUUCAUUUGUGUGACUCUGUUUGCUCUGACAGGUUUCAGUCAUGUGAUACUCUGUCUUGGUGUAUUAAAAGCUUUGCUAUAGGAUUGGCAGCUUCAUGCACCAGCUCGUCAGUAUUUCUGUGAUGGAUGUGAUCUAUCAUCUUGUUCUUUGCCCCUCGUCCCUCUUUGAUCUCCUAAGAAUUUCGACAUUCUAAUGUCUUAAUGCUGUUUGUAUCUUAUGCACUGUAAUUUCUGUUUCCAUGCUUUUGUUCUGCCUUCCCACCCCAUUCUCAACAUCACCUUUAUUGAAAAGACAAAAUAUUAAUUUUGUUUUAGAGCAGUGCUGUAGUUAUAUUUCAGCUUCAUCUUAGUAGCUGUACCUUCUUUUCACAUAUUUUGUCUCAAGCUGUUUUCACUGUUUAUGUAGUUUAUUUUGCAAGGUCUAACUCAGCUUGACUUUUGGUGAUUCUUCCUUUAGCCUUUGCUUUCUGAUCUCCAAAAUAUAGCUUUCUAAUGCUCUGCUUUUUUCAUUCUUUGCAAACUCUCCACUGUUUAAAAAUAGUUAUUUAUCCAGUUAUGUCUGUAGUCCUUCCCUACCUUUUUUCCCCUUGCUUGAGAUUUAAAUUGCCACUAGGCUUUGUGUCAGAGAAAUUCCAUAUUUUCUCCAUGUGUAAGUUCUUGCAUCCUCUGAUCUAAUUGACUGGAGUUAGGAGCAGGCAGCGUCUUUAUCCCUUCUUUUGUCUUGUUCCUAAACUGUUCGUUUUGGUGAAAAAGUUUACUUCCUCAACGUUUUUAGAUUUUUCAGUCUCUCUCUUGUCACCCUGCGUACUUUUUCUGCUCUACAUGUCCAUAGAGAAACACGUUAGCAUCGGAGAAACUGCUUCUCAUUCUGUGGGAGUAAUUCUCAAAAUUAUUGAUCAUAAUCUAGGAGAGAUUUCUUGUAGAGAAAUUUGAUACUGGGAGAAGGAAGUGUAUAUACAGCUGUGUUUGUUUUAUUGUUUUUCCUUAGGAACAUGGAUCUAGCAUCAGCGUUUCAAAACAGUUAGGCAUGUCAGUACUUGAUUUCAUCGAUAACAGCACAAUGAAUAUCUGUGUAAGACGUUCAUUUUAAAUAGCCUGAUGGCUACUCGACAUGCAGAAAUGGUGGCAAUUGAUCAGGUCCUUGAAUGGUGUAAGCAACACAACAAAGCCCAUGAGGAAGUGUUUCCAAAGACAGUGUUGUAUGUAACUGUAGAGCCUUGUAUCAUGUGUGCAGCCGCCCUGCGCUUGAUGAAAAUUCCACGAGUAAUAUACGGCUGUCAAAAUGAGCGAUUUGGAGGCUGUGGCUCAGUCUUGAACAUUGCUUCUGGUGACUUGGUAGACACAGGAGAACCAUUUGAAUGCGCUGCUGGCUAUCGGGCCAAAGAAGCUGUGGAAUUGUUAAAAGCUUUCUACAGACAAGAAAAUCCCAACGCACCAAAGUCAAAAGUACGGAAAAAGAAACAUCGUAGUUAGACCGGCACUGAUGGGACACAGAAACUCACAAAAUAAUGAUAUGUAAAGAUUUCUUCAGUGUCCUCCUCUUUCAGAAUGGAUUUUCAAAUUAAACUAUAUCAAAUAUG